AUGCAAAUGAAAUCCUACGCAAAUGGACAACACGAACCAAUAAAUUAUUGUAUCGACAUUGUAAGGCAGCAUGAUUAUGAAAACUAUUUAGCAACACUCCUUAUGACAAGAUCUAUUCGAAAUCCAGCUCUAGUGCUCAGAGCUUUUAAUGUUGAAAUAGCAAGAGUGCAAGAUCAAACAAUGGAUACUCAGAUUGCAAACAUGAGAUUACAGUUUUGGCAAGACUCUUUAAGUACUAUUUAUAAAAAAUCUGUAGAUCUGUCUUCUAUACCAGCAAAUCCUGUCACUCAAGAAUUGUUUAAAGUCUGCAAAACAUAUAAACUACCUCAGAUGUACUUGGAAAGAUUAAUUACCUCUAGAAGAAAUAUGUUAAAAACAAAGUUCUUUAGGACUUUAGAAGAUAUUGAGUCACAUUCUGAAAAUUCAGUUUCUUCAAUUUACUAUCUUCUACUAUGUAUAGCUUCUGUGACUGAUGUACAUGCAGAUCAUGCUGCUUCACAUUUAGGUAAAGCACAGGGAAUAACAAAUAUAUUGAGAUCUAUUCAUGUAUCCAAUCACCAUAAAAUGGUGUCAUUACCAAUGGAUGUUUUAAUGAAGAAUAAAGUAAGUCAAGAAUCAAUUUUGAGGGGCAUAGAUUGUGAAAAUAUGAGGAAUGUUGUUUUUGAAGUAGCGAGCAGAGCUAACAGUCAUUUACAAAAGGCAAGGAGUAUAAAAAUACCCAAAAUUGCUAACCAAAUAUUCUUACCAGCAAUACCUGUUGAAAGGUAUCUAACAAAACUUCAGACAAAUCACUUCAAUAUUUUUGAACUUUCUCUACAGCAAAGGAAUCCCACAUUACCAUUUAAUUUAUAUUUUAAGAGACUUCUGAACAAGUACUAG